CCGUGCUACUGGUAGGCCUGCAGGGAAGGGAAGGGCCCAUACCCAGGAACAGAGACCCAGGACAAGGACCAGGCUGUGUUUGAGGUCAGCCCACUGGGUACUCCAUGUCCACAUAGGACAGCAGCCUACCCCAGGGACCUGACGGCUCUACCUGCCAGACCAUCCACAGAAUUUCUUCAGAAGGUUGUAAAGAAGCCACCGUGUUUAAGAACAGAACAAAGAGGUCUUUGCGGUGUUGAGAGCCACCUGACCUGACUCAGCGUGUUGAGAAAUGUGGGUCCUCACGGGUCACGACAUCUACCAGCACAUGGCCGUGCUGUGCAUCAUGGCCCUGGGGCUCUGAGCAGCAUCCACUCGAACACCCACUGUGGCCUCUGCCCACAAGCAUUUGCUUCUGAAGCCCCUGCUGCGGCCUGUGUCAAUGAGGAUGUAUGCCCCCAUCGGGGGGCUGCUCACUGCCCUCGCUGUGUUGUUUGGGACAGUGGCGGCAUUUGCACCCAUACCUAGAAUCACCUGGGAGCACAGAGAGGUGCAGCUGGUGCAGUUUCAUCAGCCAGACAUCUUCAACUACUCAGCCUUGCUGCUGAGCGAGGACGAGGACACCCUGUACGUGGGCGCCCGGGAAGCCGUGUUUGCCUUGAAUGCGCUUGAUGUCUCCCAGAAGCAGCAAGAGGCAUAUUGGAAGGUCUCAGAAGAUAAAAAAGCAAAAUGCGCAGAAAAGGGGAAAUCAAAACAGACAGAAUGCCUCAACUAUAUCAGAGUGCUGCAGCCACUCGGCACCACUGCCCUUUAUGUAUGUGGGACCAAUGCCUUCCAGCCAACCUGUGACCACCUGAGCCUAACAUCCUUUCAGUUUCUGGGGAAAAAUGAAGAUGGCAAAGGAAGAUGUCCCUUUGACCCAGCACAAAGCUACACGUCUGUCAUGGUCGAUGGAGAGCUUUAUUCCGGGACGUCAUAUAACUUUUUGGGAAGUGAGCCCAUCAUCUCCCGAAAUUCUUCCCACAGUCCUCUGAGAACGGAGUAUGCGAUACCUUGGCUUAACGAGCCCAUCUUUGUCCAUGCCGACGUGAUUCGAGAAAGCCCAAACAGCGCCGAGGGUGGGGACGAUAGGGUCUACUUCUUCUUCACGGAGGUGUCUGUGGAGUAUGAGUUUGUCUUCAAGCUGAUGAUCCCCCGUAUAGCAAGAGUGUGCAAGGGGGACCAGGGUGGCCUGAGGACCUUACAGAAGAAGUGGACUUCCUUCCUGAAGGCCAGGCUGAUCUGCUCCAGGCCAGACAGCAACCUCGUCUUCAAUGUGCUGAGGGACAUCUUUGUCCUCAGAUCUCCAGGCCUGAAGGAGCCUGUGUUCUAUGGGGUCUUCACCCCGCAACUGAACAAUAUUGGGCUGUCAGCCGUGUGCGCCUACAACCUGUCCACAGCUGAGGCAGUCUUCUCCCGAGGGAAGUACAUGCAGAGCGCCACAGUGGAGCAGUCGCACACCAAGUGGGUGCGCUACAAUGGGCCUGUGCCCACGCCAAGGCCCGGGGCGUGCAUCAACCGUGAGGCACGGGCGGCCAACGUCUCCAGCUCCCUCAAUCUGCCAGACAAGACACUGCAGUUCGUCAAAGACCACCCUCUGAUGGACGACUCUGUGACCCCAAUAGACAACAGGCCCAGACUGAUCAAAAGCGAUGUGAGCUACACACAGAUUGUGGUGGACAGAACCCAGGCCCUGGAUGGGACUGUCUAUGAAGUCAUGUUUGUCGGCACAGACCGGGGUGCCCUGCACAAAGCCAUCAGCCUUGAGAAUGAUGUCCACAUCAUCGAGGAGACGCAGCUCUUCCGGGACUUGGAGCCAGUUCAGACCCUGCUGCUGUCUUCCAAGAAGGGAAGAAAGUUUGUCUAUGCUGGUUCCAACUCGGGUGUGGUCCAGGCCCCUGUGGCCUUCUGUGGAAAGCAUAGCACCUGUGAGGACUGUGUAUUGGCCCGGGACCCCUACUGCGCCUGGAGCCUGGCCACAGUGGCCUGUGUGGCCCUGUACCAAACCGACAGCCCCAGCAGGGGUCUGAUUCAGGAGAUGAGCGGGGAUGCAUCCGCUUGCCCGGAUAAAAUUAAGGAAAGUUUCCGGCAGCAUUUUUUCAAGCAUGGCAGCACAGCAGAACUCAAAUGCUCCCAAAAGUCCAACCUGGCACGGGUGGUGUGGAAGUUCCAGAAUGGUGUGCUCAAAGCCGAGAGCCCCAAGUACAGCCUGGUGGGCAGGAAGAACCUGCUCAUCUUCAACCUGUCAGAAGGAGACAGUGGGGUGUACCAGUGCCUAUCAGAGGAGAGGGUCAAGAACAAAACAGUCUUGCAGGUCGUGGCCAGGCACGUUUUGGAGGUCAAGACUGUCCCACGGGCCCCAGUGGCCUCCACCUCAUCGGCCCCUCGGACAGAAGGUGGUAAGAUUACCCCUGAAGCAUCAGCAGGGCCCACCCAAGACUCCUCCCCCCAGACCCCAGCUGUUUGGGCCACCACACCUUCCAGCCUGGUGCCCACCAGCACAUCCUGCGAACCAAAGAUCGUUAUCAACACAGUCCCUGAGGUCCACUCAGAGAAGACGCUGUAUCUCAAGUCCAGUGACAACCGCCUCCUCAUGUUCCUCUUCCUCUUAUUCUUCAUCCUCUGCCUCUGCCUCUUUUCCUACAACUGCUAUAAGGGCUACCUGCCCGGACAGUGCCUGAAAUUCCGCUCUGCCAUGCUGCUGGGGAAGAAGCAGCCCACAUCGGACUUCUCCGACUGCGAGCAGAGUGUGAAGGAGACACUGGUGGAACAAGGCAGCGUCUCCCAGCAGAAUGGAGGGCAGCCGAGGCCGGCCCUGGACACCGGCUACGAGACAGAGCAGGAUACCACGGCCAGCAGAGCGCCCACUGACAGGGAGGACUCACAGAGGAUUGACGACCUGCCAGUCAGGGAUAAGCCGUUCGACGUCAAGUGUGAGCUGAAGUUCGCCGACUCGGAUGCGGAUGGGGACUGAGGCGUCGGUCGCAGAAAAGUCUUUGUGUUCGCUGUGCAGUGAUCUCGUCCUGUGCUGCGUAGGUAGCCCGUUGUCCACAAACCUUAGUCUUCUGUGUCUUUUUUCUUCGGUCGAGCUUGUGAUUUGGUUUCUCUUUGUCCUUUCGGAACACGGCGAACAUCACACCCGGGCUCCCUCUAUCGGUUGGAGAGCUGUGAGAUGUACCUGCAGGUGGUGUCUCACCUGAGCCCUCCCUUGUGGUGGGGAGAUGGCUGGACUGCCACUGGCCUGGGAAGAGUUGUACCUUGAGUGUCCCCUCCUCAUAGCAGCCACUGAAAGAUAAUUUAAUUCCAGAUUGGAAAUGACGUUUUAGUUUAUCAGAUUGGUAACUUAUCGCCUGUUGUCCAGAUUGGCACGAAGCUUUUCUUCCAUGUAAUUAUUUUUUAGGACUUUGUUUUCAUUUUGUUGGAGUGUUAGCUCAUUUAUUUUUUACUAAAGCAGAUGUUUUAAUAUUUAGGAGAUGUACCUCUUCUAGAUUUUGUUGUAUAUUAGGAUAGAUAAGAUAUGGCUUACGUUGCUUAAGAUUCUCAGGGAUAAACUUACUUUUGCUAAAUGCGUUCUUUCUGCUUUUAGAAAUGCAGACGAAGCUGUCUCUUGAGCACACUUACUUUUUAAAAAAAAAAAAUUAUUCCUUGAAGGAAGUGUUGUUUUCAGAGAGAUUUUCUUUCUGUACUUUUUUUCCUUUCGUUUUAACUCUUUUGAAGAGAAGAAAGUAUGGAGGGCUGUCCCAGGACCACUGGACAAGGUUUUGAGAGCAGGGCGGUGGCCUUGGUGGGCCCUAGGUGAAGCUGGGCUGACCCAGAGCUGAGGGGACGAGUGUUUCACAAUCCAUUGCCCACGGCCACUGGUCACAACCUCCUGUCCAGACAGAUGGAACGUUCACCAAGGUUCUGGUCACCUGAACAUCCUUUUUAUUUUUUGUUUCCAUCUCACACCUCUUACCAACCCAGACUUUCCACUUUGGCUGACCUGAGCCUUCCACAGCUGGAGGAGAGCUGGGCAGCAGGGCGGGGUGGGCCUGUGACCACAGCUGCCCACGGGUGCCUGGUGGCAGAGCUGCGCGGCCUGGUGCUGUCUUUAAGGAGCAGUGGGUGGUGCAGUUGCACAUCGUUGACGUCACACUCCACCUUCUGCUGUCUAAACGCCCACAAGAGGAGACUUUUUUUCCGUGGCAAAGAGCAAUAAACUCUGGAUUUUUGUGUGCCUAUGUGGACAGUCUCAUCUUCCAGCAUGAUAGGACUCUAUUGUUUUGGUGUAAACAUUUGUGUUUUAUAAGAUUUAUUUUGUUUUUAUUUUUCUACUUUGACUUGUAUACAUUUGGAAAAUAACCGAAUAAACGUAAAGCUUAUAUCCUU